GGCAGCAGCCAAGCUGCAUAGUCGACAUGGCGACCGAUAAAAUAACACAAGAUUUUCCUAAAGACAGAUAAAAGUAUUCUGGAAUGAGAUUUGUGACUUGACACGCAUCCACGAUGUGUGACAUUUGAAGAACAAUUGAGUUCGGAAGAAAAAUCUUGAUUCCAGUGGAAUCUUCCAAUAUUUUUUUUCUUUGUUAAAAAAACACUUGCACACACCCAACCCCUACACACACUGCCCAGCCAUGCCCGUGCAAGCCCCACAAUGGACAGAGUUCCUGCUGUGUCCCAUCUGCACUCAGACGUUCGAGGAGACGGUGCGGCGGCCCAUCUCGCUGGGCUGUGGUCACACAGUCUGCAAGAUGUGCCUGAACAAGCUGCACCGCAAGGCCUGCCCCUUCGACCAGACGGCCAUCGCCACCGACAUCGAGCAGCUGCCUGUCAACACAGCCCUGCUGCAGCUGGUGGGGGGACAGGUUCCCAAGGUCCAGCCGGUGGCCCUGAUCACCAGCCCAGAGGACUCGCAGCACUAUGAGGAGGCCAGGCAGUGUGUGGAGGAGCUGGCCCUCUACCUCAAACCCCUCAGCAACACCAGAGGGGUGGGUCUGAGCAGCACGACCCUGAGUAUGCUGAGUCGACCCAUGCAGAGGAAGCUGGUGACCCUGGUCCACUGUCAGCUGGUGGAGGAGGAGGGCCGGGUGCGGGCCAUGAGGGCAGCUAGGUCUCUGGGGGAGCGCACGGUCACAGAGCUCAUCCUGCAGCACCAGAACCCCCAGCAAUUGUCAUCCAAUUUGUGGGCCGCCGUCCGGGCCAGGGGCUGCCAGUUCUUGGGCCCAGCCAUGCAGGAGGAGGCUUUGAAGCUGGUGCUGCUGGCUCUGGAGGAAGGCUCAGCCCUGUCCAGGAAGGUCCUGGUACUGUUUGUGGUCCAGCGGCUGGAGCCACGCUUCCCCCAGGCCUCCAAAACCAGCAUAGGCCACGUGGUGCAACUCCUUUACAGGGCCUCCUGCUUUAAGGUGACCAAGCGUGACGAGGACUCGUCGCUGAUGCAGCUGAAGGAGGAGUUCCGGACGUACGAGGCACUGCGGCGCGAACACGACUCCCAGAUUGUCCAGAUCGCCAUGGAGGGCGGCCUCCGCAUCGCCCCUGACCAGUGGUCCUCCCUGCUCUAUGGGGACCAGUCACACAAGUCCCACAUGCAGUCCAUCAUCGACAAGUUGCAGACGCCGGCUUCGUUUGCCCAGAGCGUCCAGGAGUUGACCAUCGCCCUGCAGAGGACGGGCGACCCCGCCAACCUUAACCGCCUUCGACCACACCUGGAGCUCCUGGCCAACAUCGACCCUAGCCCCGAUGCCCCCCCUCCCACGUGGGAGCAGCUGGAGAAGGGUCUGGUGGCGGUGAAGACGGUGGUCCACGGCCUGGUGGACUUCAUCCAGAACCACAGCAAGAAGGGAGCUGACCCACAGCAGCCCCCCCAGCACAGUAAGUACAAGACUUACAUGUGUCGGGAUAUGAAGCAGAAGGGAGGCUGUCCCCGAGGAGCCAGCUGUACCUUCGCCCACUCUCAGGAGGAGCUGGAGAAGUACCGUAAAAUGAACAAGCGUUUGGUAGCUCGCCUCCCCGGCUCAUCUAGCCUGCUGUCUGACGACGGACUCUCUCUGGACAUGGGGGUGACCCGGAAACCCUCGCCCCUCACCAACGGCUCAGCCGUACCCUCUAUGCCCCAGCUCAUCGCUCGUGGCACUGACCUCGUGACCUACAACCUGUUGCGCAAGCCCAAGAUGGACGGUGGGAGCAACAGCGCCCCGGGAUCACCCCCUGACUCUCUGGACUCUGGGCCCAAACAAGGGUACCCCCAUGCCAUUGGCUACUCCAGGGGGCCAGGCGACCACAUGUCCAUGCCCAAACAGAUGCCCGGUAGCGUGGUGCCCCAGAUGUACCCCCAGCAGCAGCUACCUGAGAUGUACUACUCCGACUCUCGCCCCCCGCCCUCUGCUUCGCAGUACGAGCCCUCGCAGUAUCCCCAAGGUUACCCCUACCAGCAGCCCCCCCAGUACGCCCCCCAGCGCUACAUCCGCAACCCCCCUCCCCCCGGCGACCCCGCCGGACCCCCCUACCAGGACCCCGGCUACGGCCCACCCGAUCGCCCUUACCCGGCCCCCCACUCGGGCCCUCCCUUUUCCUACCCUCCCCCACCCCACUAUGACACCCGGGGCCGCCACGGCCCUUACCCCGGCCCCCCUCCUCCCCCUCAGCCCUACCCCUCGCAGAGGGACGACAUGGUCCGGAUGAGCCCCGCGCCCCUGGAAGGGCCCCCCUACCACCAGGAGCAGGCUGCCAGGGAGAGGUUCCCCCCAGAGGGAUACUACCCACCGGUGGCCCAGCCCCAAACCAUGAGGACCUACGUCAGGGAGCAGUACGGGCGCUCCUCCCAGCCCAGCCUAGACUACCUGCACCACCGCCGUAAGGAGCUGAUGGCCCAGCUGGAGGAGAGGAAGGUCAUCUCUCCCCCACCCUUCGCUGCUUCGCCCACCCUCCCUCACACCUUCCCCAGCGACUACCCCCAAGAGUAUGGGGAGGAGAGCUCCAAAGCCUUUGGGAAGUACAGGGAGCCGGACUACGCGGGCCAGUACUCUCCCUGGUCCUGUGACACCAUCGUCUCCUACAUCGGCACCAAGGACUCCAAGCCCAAAGACGUCAUGGCGCCCGGCGCCAUGGAGAUGAUGAAUGUGGACGGUAAAGGUAGGCGGGGGGAGCCCUCCAUGGAGGCCCAGGUCAGGCGGGGGACGGAGGUGAAGGACGACGACCCCAUCAUCCCCUUCGGCCCCCAGCCCACUGUGUCGCGCUUCGGGGCCAUCUCACGCACCUCCAAGACAGGCUACCAGACGACAGGCCCCAUGCAGGCCUCCGCCCAGGGACACAACCCCAAGCACAUGGCCAUAGCCGCGGAGUACUCCUAUGGGAACCACGGAGGCUGGGGCGGAGCCUCCUACCCCUCCCACCAGACUGGCUCCUCCUCUCAGGGACACUUCAGUGAAAGGCUGCCUAUGCCAACUCAGGACAGAGAGCAGCUGAAGACUGAGCUCCAACAGGUCAACCAGCAGAUCAACCAACAGUCCCAGAUCCACGGCAUGGAGCUCUCCCAGCCAGGUCAGAACCAGGGCCAGCAGGGGGGGAAGUGGCCUGGUUCCAGCAGCGCUGCCUCAGUGUCCAGCGAACAGCUCAGCAUGGAGCUCCACCAGGUGGAGAGGGAGAUCGGCAAGAGGACCCGCGAGAUAGCCAUGGACAGCCAGGUGCCUCAUGAGGUCCAGUACAAGAAGAAGACUGCUGAGAAUGGCCAGCAGGACCACAAGGCCCAGCUGGAGGAAAUUGCGCUGGCCCUGGGUGAGGUGUCGAAUGGCUCCAGUGGUCUAGGGCAGAGCGGCGGUGUGGGCGGAGCCAUGCUGUCACUGACCACUAAGGCGUCAUCGCUUAGCCUGUGUUCUGAGCCAGGGCCCGGGGGCUCAGAGCUGCAGAAGAACGGUGUGGUCCAUUCCUGCUCCUAGACCACACACACUGUGACACACACGACAAACACACUCUCAGACCCUUUGGUCUGAAGCAUGCACACAUACUCGUUUUAUUUAGAAGAUGAGCAGUAUCUGCCGUGAUAUGAAUUUUCUUUUUGUUCUGUGAAUGAGCUUCUUUUUUUUUAUUUGGGUGUGACUUUCAUCGCCUGGAAACCAGGGCAUUUGAUGACAUUUCUUUCACUUGUCGUUUUUCUUUUCUGGGACUACAAAAUAAGGCUCUCAAAGUAUAUCUGUCAAAGAAAGCAGAUGAUAAUGACGAUAGUAGUGAUAAUGAUGAUAAUUGUUCAAAGAAGCCUAUCCCCCCUACAUAGAAAUCACAUACCAAGACUCGUAGUGGAUCGAAGGGUAGAGUAUUUCUCAAUUCUCCCCCUCUAUUUUUGUGCCAAUUACCAGGUACCCUAAGGGUAAGCAACUUGCAGGGACCUGUGAAAUGUAAACGUUCAAUUUCGUAACCAACUUAGUAUCGGAUCCUAACUCAAGUUAUGGUCGUUUUGGUCUUAUGUACAACAUAACAAUAUCAGAAGUCUUGGUGUUUUACGACGUAGUUAUGUCAGCUGUCAUAAGUAUCACGUAAGUGUCUGUUAUACUUCAUUAUAACCUGAUAUGACACGUUGUUUCUUUCUGAUACCUUUGACAGCUUACGUAGGCAUUCUAACUAACAUUUAGUCAGUGUAGUAACCGUUCUGUUCGCGUUCAGUAAUAAAGGUGUAACCGCUAGUGUUCAGGAAUAUGCCACCCCCCAGAAUCGUAAGAUGUCGUUGACCAGAUGAGGGGGGAAAGGGAGAGCGAAAACAUUCCACCAACGUUCAGUCAACCCUCAGAGCCAAACAAGACUGUGUCGCUUCAAGCCACAUGAGACCACAUGCCGUUUUUAACCCGCCAUGAGAAGUGUGAUUUUAUUAGUGCAUUUUAUGAAUACAUCAUAUGUCUGUUUCAUACUUGAAAAGCAGUAUCUUAUUAACCAAAGCAUUCUGUUUUAAAGAUUGCAAAAUGAAUCUUUUUGAUAAUGAGCUUUUCUCAUGUUUUCUAUAAGGGAACAUACUAUGUGCUUCUCGUGGGAUGUGGUGUGACUUGCUGCGGAAAUGUCUUGUUUGCACUUUGAUGGGCUGGAAUUCAAUCAAACUUGCAGUGUGGGAAUGCAAAUUCCAGGGAGUGUAACAAAACAUGCAUUUUCACAUUGUAGGAAGGACAUUUUCCAUGGUGCGAGAGAUUGAAUCCCCUCCCAGUGUGAAUUGAAUCAUAUGGGGUGAUUGGUGUUUUUGUUCCUCGUCUUCCUCAGAGCUCCUCAUCCGGUCAUUGAAAAGGCCUCCCCAUUGGGAUUAUCUUGUCAUUGGUUCUCCUUUACUUCUAUGAAGUUGCGUUCCCUUGUUAUUUUUUUUCCGCUUGCAUAAAUCACGAUUAAGGGGCUGUGGCCUGCCUGAACGCUAGUCUGUAAUUGGAGGGGAAGUAAAAUUGUUGAAUAUGCUAAUUUUUGGUCUUAAUGUGUAAAAAUUGUCUGUAGUCUGCCAAACAGUCAUUUCAAUGGUUUGUGCAUCAAUAUCAACAAUGAAAGAGUAGCGAAGUGUCUUAAAUAAUUUAGUAAUUCUACAGGUUUAAAAAAAAAUCCUCCUAUCCCUUUUGUGUUUUUAACCGCACACUAUUAGUUCAUUUUAGAACAAGUCUGUAUCAAGACACAUAUUGAGGGUAUCUUAGUACAUUCAAAACCCAGAACCUUGGGCUACACGUGUUAGGUUUAAAGCAAGCAGCCAGAGUGUCUUGCCCCUCAAAAAGCCUCUACCCAAAGUCUUGACCUUUAUUGAUAUUUUUCACAAUCUAGUUUUCUGGUAUUAUUAUCAUUAUUAUUGCUGUCCCUGUCAUUGAAAUGAUUUAUCGCUGAUGCUCGUUAAGGAGCUCUCUGCCUUUUGUAAACAAUCGUCAUGAUUGGCCAUUGAAAAAACCUGCGCUGAAACGCAAAGAGGUGUGUCCCAGUGCUCAAACGGUUAAGAAUGCAUGGAUACAGGUGGCGAUCAGGUUUCAAAAUUUGGGAUUGGAAAAAACGUUCAGCUUUUUGUCUGGGUAGGUGGUAGGUGGGUGUUGAUGGAAGUUAAAGUUGGGAGCCAGGGUCAGUUUUAAGGUUUUCGUUUUUUUCCAACCACACUUCAUGCCUCUUGGGCUGCUCUUUGCUACAGUUUAUUGUUUAGGUACACAACUCACUUAUACAUAUGAGUAUGUAUACAUACAUUAAUAUACUAAGCACUAUUAACGUGCCACCUCUUCUACUCGCUCAGCAUUUAUAUUAAAUGAUCUCUACUUAGAAUCAG